AACACCAGACACAGACGGGGGAAAAAGCAAAGUGAUCCACUGAACAAGAGUCACUGCCCUCUCCUAAUUACAUGAGUCCCAUAUCCUUUAUCUUUCUUCACUACUCUUUAAGACCUUGGGGACCUCGUGGUAAUUAGCGAGAAGAGAAUAAAACCAGCUGAUCGGGAGAGGGGUGGUGCAUUUUGGAGCGAGAUGGCUAACAGAAACAUUCUCUUGCUCUUCUGUGGACUCUUCCUCUCAGCACUGAUUCAGAUCUCUCUUCAAGGAGGUGUGUAUCUACCUGCUGGCUCUCAGUUUGGACCAGGAGCUGGAUUCUUUCCAGGGUCGGCUGGAGGAGGCUCUGCAGGCUAUAAACCAGCCAAAGCUGCAGGAGGAUAUGGAGCUGGAGGCCGAGGCUUGGUUCCUGGUGGUUUGGUGCCAGGAGGUGCUGGGACUGGUGGACUAGGCGUUGGAGGACUGCCAACAGGGCAAGGUGGAAAAGGCCCUAAACCAGGUUAUGGGAAUCUAGGAGUUGGAGGCCAUGGAGGAGGUGUUUAUGGAGGAUACGGCGGAGGCGCAGGGGGCUUUUUCCCCGGAGCUGGACAGAAAGCUGCCAAAAGAGGGCCUGGAGCAGGAGUAGGCCCUGGAAUCGCUGGAACUGGACCUUCAGUGCCUGGUGGAGUACCUGUUAUUCCUCAGACGGGCCUUCCAGGAGGACAAGGUGUUGGCGCCGGGAAGAAAGCUGCCAAAGUGCCAGGUGUGGGUGUCCCUGGACUUUACCAACAUGGACUUGUGCCAGGACAAGGGUUUGAGGGUCGUGGAGUUCUGCCUGGUGUACCCACAGGAACUGACCUGAAUACCAAAUCAAGAGGACCUGGUGGAGCAGUGCAGCCGGGAAUGUUCCACGGUUACCCGCUCAAAUCACCUACACAGCAAGGGGGCUAUGGAGCUAAACCUGGAGCUGGAAAACUUCCCUUUGGUUAUGGGGGCUAUGGAACUGGUGGAGCUGGACUUCCAGGAGGACUAGGUGGCCAAGGGUCAAAACCAGGAUAUCCUAUUGGAACUGGAGUUGGACCUGGGGGUCUCUCACCUGCUCUGUCUAAAGCUGGUCCUGGUUUGGGUGGUGUUCCAGGUCUUGGAGGCGCUGGUGGCGUGUAUCCAGGAUAUGGAGCUGGGUCUAAAGCUGCUAAAUACGGAGUCCCAGGUGGAGUCCCAGGAGGAGUCCCAGGAGGAGUCCCAGGAGGUGUACCUGGAGGUGUACCUGGAGGUGUACCAGGUGGGGUCCCAGGUGGUGUACCAGGUUUUGUACCUGGAGGUGCACCUAUUGGAGUCCCGGGAGGCGGUCAGAAUUUGCCAGGGGCUGGUGGAUACCCCCAAGGGGCUGGUGGAUACCCCCAAGGGGCCAAAGCUGCUAAAUAUGGAGGACAACUUGGAGGAGGAGGAUACGGAGGGCUAGGAGGUGGUGGAUAUUUUCCUGCUUCCAAAGCUGCUAAAUAUGGAGGGAAUCUGGGAGGAGCAGGGAGUCUUGGAGCAGGAGGAUACCCUGCUGCAGCAGCAGCUGCUGCUGCUGCUGCGGCUGCUGCUAAAGCUGCUAAAUAUGGUCAAGGCGGUGCAGGAACGGUCCCAGGAGGGGCUGGAGGAAUUCCUGGAUCACAGUUUAUACCAGGAUAUGGAUCUCUGGCGGCUGGUGCCAAACCUCCUAAAUAUGGAAUCCCACAACAAGGUCUGGGAGUAGGAGGACUUCCACAGGGUGCAAGGCCGGUACUACCUGGGGGUGGCUAUGGUGGUUAUGGAGGUGGAGCUGGAAUCAAGCCUCCAAAGUAUGGAGUUCCAGGGGGAACUGGAACAGGUUUAGGAUACGGAGGACUUGGAGGACUCGGAGGAGCAGGAGGAGCAGGAGGAGCAGGAGGAGUGCCUUUUGUUCCAGGAGGUGGACAAUAUCCUGCAGCUGCAAAAGCUGCUAAAUAUGGGGUUCCAGGCGGUGCUGGGACAGGAUUAGGAGUUGGAGGAUUAGGUGGAGUACCAGGAGCUGGACAAUAUCCUGCAGCUGCGAAAGCUGCUAAAUAUGGGGUUCCAGGCGGUGCUGGGACAGGACUAGGAGUUGGAGGAUUAGGUGGAGUACCAGGAGGUGGACAAUAUCCUGCAGCUGCAAAAGCAGCUAAAUAUGGGGUUCCAGGUGGUGCUGGGACAGGACUAGGAGUUGGAGGAUUAGGUGGAGUACCAGGAGCUGGACAAUAUCCUGCAGCUGCGAAAGCUGCUAAAUAUGGGGUUCCAGGCGGUGCUGGGACAGGACUAGGAGUUGGAGGAUUAGGUGGAGUACCAGGAGCUGGACAAUAUCCUGCAGCUGCAAAAGCAGCUAAAUAUGGGGUUCCAGGCGGUGCUGGGACAGGACUAGGAGUUGGAGGAUUAGGUGGAGUACCAGGAGCUGGACAAUAUCCUGCAGCUGCAAAAGCAGCUAAAUAUGGGGUUCCAGGCGGUGCUGGGACAGGACUAGGAGUUGGAGGAUUAGGUGGAGUACCAGGAGCUGGACAAUAUCCAGCAGCUGCAAAAGCAGCUAAAUAUGGGGUUCCAGGCGGUGCUGGGACAGGACUAGGAGUUGGAGGUUUAGGUGGAGUACCAGGAGCUGGACAAUAUCCAGCAGCUGCAAAAGCAGCUAAAUAUGGGGUUCCAGGCGGUGCUGGGACAGGACUAGGAGUUGGAGGAUUAGGUGGAGUACCAGGAGCUGGACAAUAUCCUGCAGCUGCAAAAGCAGCUAAAUAUGGGGUUCCAGGUGGUGCUGGAACAGGACUAGGAGUUGGAGGAUUAGGUGGAGUACCAGGAGGUGGGCAAUAUCCUGCAGGUGCAAAAGCAGCUAAAUAUGGGGUUGCAGGGGGUGCUGGUACAGGAUUAGGAGUCGGAGGACUCGGAGGAGCCGGAGGAGUACCGGGAGGUGGACAAUACUCUGCAGCUGCAAAAGCUGCUAAAUAUGGGGUUGCAGGGGGUGCUGGGACAGGAUUAGGAGUCGGAGGACUCGGAGGAGCCGGAGGAGUACCAAGAGGUGGACAAUACUCUGCAGCUGCAAAAGCUGCUAAAUAUGGGGUUGCAGGGGGUGCUGGGACAGGAUUAGGAGUCGGAGGACUCGGAGGAGUACCAGGAGGUGGACAAUACCCUGCUGCUGCCAAAGCUGCUAAAUAUGGGGUUGCAGGAGGUGCUGGGACAGGAUUAGGAGUUGGAGGAGUCGGAGGAUUCGGAGGAGUCCCAGGAGGUGGACAAUACCCUGCUGCUGCCAAAGCUGCUAAAUAUGGAGUUGCAGGAGGUGCUGGGACAGGGUUAGGAACAUUAGGAGCAGGGGCAGUACCGGGAGGUGGACAAUACUCCGCUUCUGCAAAAGCAGCUAAAUAUGGGGUUGCGGGAGUUGGAACGGGAGGAGUUCCCAGUGGUGGCAUCACUGGAGAAGGUGUGCCAGGUGGGACUCCAGGUACAACUGUUAGCGGAGUUCCAGAUGGUUCAGCUGUACCUGGUGGUGUUCUUGCAGGAAAGGACUUAGGUGCUGGUGGAACUCCUCAACCAGGGCCCACGCCUAUUGCUGAGCUUAACAAGGCCCCAGAGGUCCCACAGUCCAGUAAGACUUGCUGCUUGCAUAACGCUUUUGAUCAUAAAAUGAAACAUGUGGCAUUUAUCAUUUUUGCUGCUCUGAUGUAGUGUUUCAUUCCACUUAUGAUGAGGAAAUUUGUC